AUGUCGGCCUCUGAUAACAUUUCUAACACUUACACAAUCAACACAAUAGACACCACCUACACAGACCCCGCCACCGUACUCUCCAACACAAUAGACACCAACUACACAGACCCCGCCACCGUACUCUCCUCCGACUCCAGCCUCACUACUAAUACAAGUCCUGCCACUGAACCUUCAUCCAAAGGCCCAACCAUUGUAGAUACAGGCUCUCCAACCGGGGCUCAAGCUGCAACUGAAACUGAUGAAAACAAAACUAAUUCCGCAUCCAACAUAGCCGCCUCCGCCACCACUAAGCCUGGAAAGGGAGCCACAAACAAUUCUAAAACUAGCAAAGCUAAUGGUAGUAAUACUAAGAAUGCAAGAGCUCCCGUCACAAGGUCUCGUACUGUUUCGUCUAAUAGCCCGGUAGUAAGCGAUUCCACACGAUCUAAAACUAAAUCGAACCUACCAAACUAUUUACACACUCCGAAGCAAUCUGGAACGUCAUUAUUAUCUCCAUCGACAUCUUAUUCUAGAGCAACAAAUAAUAACAGUCGAACGCUCAUGCCCGAACAUUUUCGUGAGAUUGAGUCGAACCUCUUAUCAAAAUUCAAAAAUUUGCUCUCUACUUUUGAACAAAAUAUGAAAGAUGAGAUUAAUGGAACAAUAGCUGCUUUAUGUAGUCGUGUGCAGCAAUGUGAAAGAGACAUUCUUACAUUGAGACAAGAAAAUGAGAAAAUCAGAGACCAACUUGAAGAUUCUCAUCGUCAACAACGGCUUAGUGAUGUAAUUGUUAGUGGAUUACUACCCACAUCAAACAAGAGUCCAGUCGAUCUCGUUAAACAAAUUGCAAAUAAACUCCAACACACACUAACUCCACAUUUUGAUGCUUUUCGCUUGCGCUCCCAAAAUCAGAGACAUUGGCCCGUUGCUAAUUAG